AUGUUUCGUUUGACAAUUGUGUGUUUCGCUCUCUUCUUGGCAACUGCAUCGGCAACAAAUGUAAAAGAGUGUAAAAAUGGUGAGCCAUUCCCACUUAGCGUUGAUGUUGAGGGCUGCGAAGAGAUACCAUGCACUGUUCUUAAGGGUUCCACGGUGGUGAUGCAGGUGCACUUUGUUGGCAACCGGGACAACACUAAGCAAAUUUCCGCUAAUGUGUACGCCACCGCCUUAGGUAUCACUGUACCCUAUCCACUGGCCACUGAAUUGGCCGAUGUGUGCAGCAAUUUGUUGUAUGGUGCCAAUUGUCCCAUCGAUAAAACCGAGGAUGUAGUAUAUAACUUCAAUUUUGAAGUGGAUACUUCUUAUCCGGAAAUCAGCGUAAAGGUAAGAUUGAAUCUGGUCGAUGAAAACAGCGAUUCCGUUGCUUGCUUCAUAACUGACAUAAAGGUUCGAAAGUCUUCGGGGACAAGGCAGCUGGAAACCGCUUGAAUAUACAUAAAUGUACAUAC